AUGUCAGGCACACAAGCGUCUCCCCAGGCAGGAAAUGGCACGCUUUUGCUCAUCUUGAUCCAAGUCGCCUCAAGAGCGCUCACCUUCGUCGGCAACCAAUUCCUUCUUCGCUUUCUGUCUCCAUCGCUAUUGGGGAUCUCGGUCCAGCUCGAACUCGUUUCUGUAACAAGUUUAUACUUCGCACGAGAGAGUCUUCGAGUGGCUUUGCAACGGCCGCGCUCAUCGACGCAGUCAUCAGAUGACAUCUCCGCUGGACAACAAGAGCAAAAGGUCGCGGGAACGGAGACGCAAACUGUGGUCAACCUCUCCCACUUGGCCGUGCUCCUGGGUUUGGGUGUCUCGACACUAUUUGGUUUCUCGUAUCUACGGAGUGCCCCAGAUGAAGUUCUCGACAGCCCUUACUUUGACCCAUCCUUCCAGAUCUAUGCAGCUGCAACCUUGGUUGAAUUACUUGCCGAACCAGCAUUCGUUGUCAUCCAGCAGAAAGGUCUGUACACAGACAGGGCACGGGCAGAGACCAGUGCCGCUAUGGUAAGAUGUCUUUCGGCCUGCAUCGUUGCGGUGCUGGGACAUCGGAAGGGCCUCGCUCCUUCGAUAUUACCGUUUGCCGUGGGACAGACAGCAUAUGCCCUCACUCUUUUGGCUCUUUACUUCCUGCCAACGGUCAAACUAUCGAGAGCCGACAAUUUCAGCCUCGCCCCGAAACGAAUACUCUUGCCCGGGUCAGACCAAACAUACUACUUGAAGCUCUUCCACAAGUCAAGCCUCUCGCUCGCAGCGACCAUGUACCUGCAGUCUAUCUUCAAACUCCUUCUCACUCAAGGCGACGCUCUGAUCAUGAGUUUCUUUUCCACUCUCGCUGAUCAAGGUGCCUUCGCGCUGGCCUCCAACUAUGGCGGCCUGCUAGCACGCCUCGUCUUCCAACCGGUGGAAGAGAGUAGUCGAAAUACAUUCGGACGACUUCUCUCUCCAUCUUCGUCGAGCAGUAACAAGCCACCGUUGGACUUGAAUUCGCCAAAGACGAACCCCUCGGACCAGAACACCAAUACCCGCCUUGGCCUAUCCUACCUGUUCACAACUCUACACGUCUACCUCCUCUUCUCGCUACCCAUGAUCAGUCUGGCACCCCAAAUCCUCCCUCUCCUCAUCCCCUACGUCCUCUCCCCCCAAUGGCGCACCCCAUCAACAUCUCUUCUCCUCUCAACCUACUGCUACUACAUCCCACUCAUGGCGCUCAACGGUAUUCUCGACGCAUUCGUCACAAGCGUCGCUUCGCCGGCGCAGCUGCGGAGCCAGAGUCUCUGGAUGCUGGUGUUCACGGGGAUUUACGGGGUCGCGGCAUGGGCCAUGUUGAGGGUGUGGGGGACGGGCAGCGUUGGCCUCGUGGGCGCGAACAUGGUGAAUAUGGGCCUGAGGAUUUUGUGGAGCUCGUGGUUUUUGAGAGCCUGGCUCACCCAACGCGAGGACGAGUCCGGGCAAAAGGGGUGGGCAAAGGCGAUGAUGGUCAGGGAUGCGGUGCCAGCAAAGGCGACCAUCGCUGUCACGCUGCUGGUGAUGCUCGGGCUGAAAAUGGGCGGCUCAUUCACGACACCAGAGGCGGGAAAGGGGCAGUUGGAUCUCCAGUUUCUGGGGGCUUGGAUCAGUGGCGUGGUGGUCUUGGGUUCUACCAUUCUCAUCGCCGAGCGCGAAUUCCUCCUCCAGCUCCUCGAAUCUAUCCUCCCGCAACGCCUCGCUGCAAAGAUUCCCGACUUCUUGAAACCCUCUUCAACGGAAUCAACACGUGAGGCUUCGAAAUGA